AUGGUCAUUAAUAGGAUGACCGAUAAAAAACAGUAUUUAGCUAAUUAUUCGUUUGAAUAUUCUGUUGAUGAUGAUAAACGAUUAACUAGUUUGUUCUGGGCUGAUGGGUUAUGCAAGCUGAACUUUAUGGAGUUUGGGGAUGUGAUAUCGUUCGAUGCAACUUUCAAGAAAAACAGGUACAAGAUGCUGUUUGUUCCGUUCACUGGCAUUGACAACCAUUGUCGAAAUGUAAUCCUUGGAGCUGGGUUGUUGUCAUCGGAGAGCAUUGAAUCCUAUAAAUGGCUUCUGAAUUCAUUUGUAAAGUCAUUUGGGCGGCAGCCAAAGGUUGUAGUGACGGACGAAGACCCUGCUAUGAAACAGGCUAUUGAGGAGGUUUUUUCUACCAGCAGACACCGAUUGUGCAUGUGGCACAUAAUGAAAAAAGUCGCAGAUAAGGUUGGACACGAGUUGUGCAAUAAUGAUGAGUUUAGAAGGAGGAUGUGCGACAUUGUAUGGACUGAUUCCAUUGAGCCUGAAGAAUUCGAGAGGCAGUGGAAGUUGGUGAUGAUUGAGUUCGGUCUCACUGAAAACAAAUGGAUUGAUGAUAUGUUUUCGAUGAGAAACAUAUGGAUUCCGGCUUUUUACCGGUAUGAGCCCAUGUCUGGUCUCAUGCGAACAACUUCGAGAUCAGAGAGCGAGAAUCAUUUUUUUUGCCAGGUGUCAAAUUCACAACUCACUCUUGUAGAGUUUAUGAAUCAUUUUGACGGUGCAAUGGAUGUCCAAAGGUUCACUCAUAGAAAGAAUGAUCAUAUUUCAAGAUAUACUGAGCUUGCUGAUUGGAGCGAAACUACUUUGGAAAAAGAUGCUGCUAAGAUAUACACCAGGUCUAUAUUCUUUGAUCAGCAAAUAGAGAUUCAUGGAACAAUUUCCGAAUGUUUGCCGAUGGACACCAAAAUCGAGGGUCCACAUAUCAGGAUAUUGAUGAAAGACUUUAAAGCCCAUGGAGAUGGUUUAUUAGAGAGAUGGACAAAGGAUGUGGUGCCGAAUGAAUUAGAUGUGAAGUACAAUUUAAGGGUGGGUGACAAGGAUGUGCAACACAAGGCUAAACGGAUUACUCGUGAAAUCAUCCACACAGGGGAGUAG